UCUUGACUACCCUGGUAAUACUCGAAUUACACGCGUUUCUGCCUUUAUUAGCUCCGAGUUUCGGCUGACGAAUGAGCUCAUCGCUUAGCGCGAAAGCAUCUUUCCGUUCUCGAAGCAUCUUUCGAGGCUCGAACUUCCACAAUCACGAACAACAAGAAAUUCCAUAGAAAUGGCAGCUUCUUCGCUUUCAAACUAUCCGCCUGAGCUCUCUCCUGACGAGGAGCAGUACCUCCUCACGAAUCUUAAAGACUGGUCAAUCGCUCAUGGCUUGGCAGUGCGGCCCCCGCCAUCAUUUGUAACUGCAACCCAGGACCCCUCGGGAGUGUUGGCUUCAACUGCUCCAGUCACUCUAUUUCCCAGCCCGUUUCCUCGUAACUGCUUUGAAGAGGGCCUCGCAAUACAAGAGGCCUAUAAUGAGCUUUACUCGGCCAUAGCAAGAGAUGAAAAGUGGCUUCAAGGCAUAGUGGAAGAGCUAAUCGAUAUCGAUGAUUUCGUGAGCAAGCUCUGGCAGACCCAUCUGGCCGUGAAGAAGGAGGGCUAUGUCCAGGACCUGACUUUGGGGCUGUUUCGAUCUGAUUAUAUGGUCCAUGUGGACCAGUCAGCUUCAAACGCAACCCCAGGACUGAAGCAGGUGGAGUUCAACACAAUUGCAUCCUCUUUCGGAGGCCUGUCCGCCCAGGUUUCAGCGCUUCACCGAUAUCUACUAUCCAUUGACGCUUACCCGGCCUCGGCCACUUCUGUAAUCAAAGCUGAGGCUCUUCGUCAAAGUAAAUCGGCAUCAUCGUUGGCGCGUGGCUUAGCGACUGCUCACAAAGCGUAUGGUCAAUCGCGCACAGGACGCCCGCUGUGCGUUCUUUUUGUCGUUCAAGAUCCAGAAAGGAAUGUGUUCGAUCAGCGACACCUCGAAUAUGCAUUGCUUGAAGAGAGUGGGGUACGAGCAUUCCGGUUACCAUUCCACCGGACUCAAGCCGACACAAAGCUUGCGGAGGACCGAACGCUGUUGUAUAGUCCACCCAAUUCUCCCGCAACAAGCUAUGAGGUUACUACAGUCUACUUCCGAGCGGGCUACUCGCCUGAUGACUAUCCGAACGAAGCAGAUUGGACAUCCAGACUUCACCUUGAACGCAGCCGCGCCAUCAAAUGUCCGAGCAUUCUAACCCACCUGGCUGGAUGUAAGAAAGUCCAACAAGUACUCGCAACACCGCACUCUCCCCACCUCAAACGGUUCCUGCCCGACGAGAAGGUUGCAUCACGUGUUCUCUCUACCUUUGCACCUAUAUAUCCGCUAGACCAGAGCGAAGCAGGCCAGGAGGCUAUAAGAUUGGCGAAGAAUCCAGAGUCCGCUGCCCGUUAUGUUCUCAAACCUCAACGAGAGGGUGGAGGUAAUAACAUCUACCGCAAAGCGAUUCCGCCAUUCUUGCAGAAUCUUCCCGAGACGCAUUGGCCCGCCUACAUCUUGAUGGAAAUGAUCGAACCGCCUGCGCUCAAGAACGCCAUUUUCCGUAACGGCGAGCUUCAGAGUGGAGGCGUCAUUUGUGAACUAGGCGUUUACGGAGUCUGUUUAUGGAGGAACGGAUCCGGAGAUAAUCAAGGUGAGAUACUCGAAAACCAAGAGGCUGGAUACUUGCUUCGAACGAAAGGUGAUCAGAGUGAGGAGGGAGGUGUUGCAGCGGGAUUCGGUGCUGUUGACAGUUGCUGUCUAGUCGAAGUUUGAUGCCGCACUUCGACGAAUCGGUAUUGUGGUUACUGGAGUCACGAAUUCGUGCUGUGGUCCGUUAGUCGCCAUUGGACGGGAACACCUAUGGUGGCCCGUAGUGGCCGUUGUCCACGAAAACAACGUCCUUGGCAGCCGUCCCAUCUCCCAUGCGACACAUACACAGUGCUACAAGUAGAAGUAAAUAGGGGCACCAUGAUAGGACGGAGAUUCAGAGACUCAACCAAUUCAACAGACAACCAUCUUUGCCCGAUGUCAGACACACCGCUGGACCGUGCUAUGCGACGACUGCAACUGCAACUGCAACAGUUUCGCAAAUGGAGCACGAGUCAGAAGCUUUCAGCAUCCACCUGAUACCACAUGCAAGGCCUUUUCCUUUUUUUUUUCCUUCUUUCUCUUUUCGCAGCCUCGCUUUCGCACCGUAAGAGACUGCGUGACAAUUGGGAG